AUGGCGGAGCGUUACAUCCCGGAGCACAGGCGGACGAACUUUAAGGCGAAGAGCACCUUCAAGCCUGACGAGCUUCGUCGGCGUCGUGAGGAGCAGCAGGUUGAGAUCCGAAAGCAAAAGCGUGAAGAAGGGCUUGCGAAGAGGCGAGGCAUCAGUGCCCGUGACGGCAGCGCUCCUGGUGCCUCGUUGGGGGCCGCACCGGACAGCGAUGAUGAAGGUGCAAACACUGAGAGCCAGCUGGACGAGGAUCUCCCACGUAUGGUGAGCGGCGUCUUCUCGGAGAAGAUCGACGACCAGAUCGCUGCCACCACCAAGUUCCGCAAGCUGCUUUCCAAGGAGCGCAAUCCACCCAUCGAACGCGUAAUCGAGACUGGUGUCGUCGGCCGCUUCGUCGAGUUCCUCCGCUCUCCCCACACUCUCGUGCAAUUUGAGGCAGCAUGGGCCCUCACGAAUAUCGCCUCUGGCUCAGCCCAGCAGACUCAGGUUGUCAUCGAAGCAGGAGCUGUACCGAUCUUCGUGGAGUUGUUGAGCAGCCCUGAGCCUGAUGUUAGAGAGCAAGCUGUUUGGGCGCUUGGCAACAUUGCUGGUGACAGCCCACACUGCAGGGAUUAUGUUCUUGCCCAGAACGCUCUGAUACCACUUCUACGUCUGCUUGGCGACAGCAGGAAGCUGAGCAUGCUGAGGAACGCGACAUGGACACUGAGCAAUUUCUGCCGUGGCAAGACACCCCAGCCAGACUGGAACACGAUCGCCCCUGCACUCCCCGUCCUUGCCAAGCUGGUCUACUCUCUCGACGAUGAGGUUCUGAUCGACGCCUGCUGGGCUAUCUCCUAUCUCUCUGAUGGUAGCAACGACAAGAUACAAGCUGUCAUCGAGGCCAACAUCCCACGCCGACUUGUGGAAUUGCUCAUGCACUCCUCAACCUCUGUGCAGACCCCAGCCUUACGCUCUGUGGGUAACAUCGUGACUGGUGACGAUGUUCAGACUCAGCUCAUCAUCAAUUCUGGUGCUCUUGCGGCUCUCCUUUCGCUCCUUAGCUCGCCGAAGGAUGGCAUUCGCAAGGAAGCGUGCUGGACUAUUUCCAACAUCACGGCAGGCAACAGCACUCAGAUCCAGGCUGUAAUCGAUGCUAAUAUUAUGCCGCCACUCAUCCACCUGCUCAGCCAUGGCGACUUCAAGACUAGAAAGGAGGCCUGCUGGGCCAUUUCCAAUGCCACUAGCGGUGGCCUACAAAAGCCAGAUCAAAUCCGCUAUCUCGUCCAGGGCGGCGCUAUCAAGCCACUCUGCGAUCUGCUCACCUGUCCUGACAACAAAAUCAUCCAAGUCGCUCUUGAUGGUCUGGAGAACGUCCUCAAGGUCGGCGAUAUGGACAAGGAGGCCGCUGAGGGCACAAGUGAGCAGCCACCAGUCAACCGCUAUGCCCUGUUCAUUGAAGACUGCGGUGGUAUGGAGAAGAUCCACGACUGCCAGAACAAUAGCAAUGAGGAGAUCUACAUGAAGGCGUACAAUAUUAUCGAGAAGUAUUUCUCUGACGAUGAGGGCGAGGCUGAUGCAGGCGAUUUGACAUCCCAGCAGGGCCAGGAUGGUCAGUUCGGCUUCGGCAACCAGCAACAGCAGCAGAACUUCCAGUUUGCCAACGGCGGUGACAACAGCAUGGAGAUGUAG